AUGGACGAAACAGUUCAAACGUUUAAUAGAGUUCUUCGGUUUGCUGGAAUUUCUUUUUUCUCUAAAACCAAUCAGUUAUCUAAACGAUGGUUGAUAUUUCAAAUUUCGAAUUACAUUCAUGGAUUUAUAACGGUCGUUUUUACUUCAGCUUUUGUUAUACUUCAUUUUAAUAAUAUGCUUUUGUGUAUUCAAGGCGCUUGCAUUUGGACAACUGGAGUCAUCAUGUUUACUUCUUUAAGCGUAUGUUUGCUUUUUAGAAGAAAAUUCCAGAUCUUUCUUAAAGAGAUGGUUUUCAAAGACUCGUUGUUAGAUAUGCCUUUGAUUGUUCACGUUUUGGAAAGUAAUUGCACUGGUCUAUUGAAAGAUUUAAAAGAUUUGGUAAAAGAAUCCGAAGAGAAGUUUUUUAGAUUCGCUAGAAUUUUAUUAAAAACCUACAUCAUCAUUGGAGGGGUCUGCGUAACACUUUAUUUGUGCUGUGCCAUUUAUCAGAUGAUCAAGUCUAAGGACAAUACUUUGAGGUUAUUAGCUUUUGAUAUGUGGUUCCCGUGGAGUUUGGAAAACUUCUACGUAUACGUGGCUUCGUUCGUAUUUCAAGCUUACUCUAGUUACUUAUGUUGCAUUGCAAAUCCUGGACUUCAAUCUACAAUAAUACUGUUAGUAAGUCAAACAAUACGCCAGUUGAAGAUCAUUACGUUUAUUUUAGAAAAUCUUAAUGAAUUGUCAAUUCAGUUGACAGAUAACAAGGAUAAUUGGCAAUACUGUUGUACUGAAAUUUUAUCACAAUGUUUUAAACGUUACGUUAAAUUAAAAAGAUUCAUAAACCGUCUCAAUUCCGUAUGUCAGUUAUUUUAUUUGACGUUAAUACUUGUUGCAUUGAUGCUGGUUGGUAUGUGCUCAGUGAAAAUAGCCAUUUCUAAUAAAUUAGCUGCAGACACAAUGAAAUAUUAUGUACACAAUCUUUAUUUUAUUCUUACUGUUUUAAUGAUAUGCUUACUUGGCCAACAAGUGGAAAAUGAGUGUGAGAAUUUUGAAUUGGCGGUCACAGAAAAAUGGUAUCUGUUCGAUAAGAAACAUAUAAAAGGUGUCUUAAUUUUCAAAAUGGCCGUUAGUAAAGGAAUGCCGAUGUAUAUUUUCGGAUCUAUAACAAUAUCUUUACCAACUUUUACAUGGUUCAUUAAAACCGGCAUGUCGUUUUUCGCAUUAGUUAUGUCAGUGUUAGAAGGAUAA